AAACUGGUGUCAUUUGAUGAUGUGGCUGUGGACUUCAGCUGGGAGGAGUGGCAGGACUUGGAUUUUUCUCAGAGGACCCUGUACAGAGAUGUAAUGCUGGAGACCUACAGCAACCUGGUGUCUUUGUGGCCCUGUGUUCCUAAACCUAACUUGAUUGUCAAGCUGGAAGAAGGUGCAGAACCAUGGAUAGGAGAAGCCUCAGACAAGAAUUUCACAAAUGUUCAAGAAAUGGAAGAUAUGAUUAAGACCUUCCAGGAAAGUCCAAAUGAGUAUCUUUGUAAAGUAUCUGUCACAAAUAAUAACUCAAUAGAAGAAAGUAUGAGAACUUUCAAUUUGAGUUUAAAACAUAAGCCAGAGCUGAUUAGUAGUAGUAGUAAUGGGAACUCCUUAGGGAUGAGGACUGAAGAGAUCAUUGAGUGUCAGAACAUGCUUCUCUGUAGUGAAUCUGAUGAGAUGCAGGCUACAUAUAGGCCUGGUCUGUUUCCUGUAGUUGAAAAAUCCCUGAGAUAUUUGGAGUAUUCUAGUCAAACUGAUGAGCAGCAAUGUUUUGAAUAUGGUGGAGAAAGAAAGGUAUUUAAAUCAGAGACCAUAUUUUUUAGACAUAAUUGUAUUUAUAUGGGACAGCUUUCCUGUAACCAUAAUGAAUAUAGAGAAGACUAUGAUAAGUCUAUUCUCUUUGCCCAAGAAAUACUUCAUGGACAGAGAAAAACACCUGAAUGCAAUGGAUGUGGAAAAAGUUUCGAUUUAAGUAGUAUAGUCACUACACAUCAGAAAAUGUAUACAGGAGAAUAUCCUUAUACAUGUAAUGAAUGUGAAAAACCAUCUAUCUGUCAGAAGUCAAACCUGACUUUCUCACCUCAAACACCCACAGAAAAGAAACCUUAUCAAUAUGAGGGAUAUAGGUCAAUUUACACCCAGAAGUCAGCUCUCAACCAGUAUCGGAGAAGUCAUACAGAAGAGAGAACUUACGAAUGUGACAAAUGUGGAAUGUCUUUCAGACUGAAGUCAUACCUCACUUUACAUGAGAGAAUACACACAGCAGAGAAACCUUAUGAAUGUAUCGAGCGUGGAAAGUCUUAUACCCAGAAGUCGCAACUUACUGUCCAUCAGAGAUUACACACAGGAGAGAAACCUUAUGAAUGUAAUGUAUGUAAAAAGUCUUUCACCCAGAAGAUACACCUUACUAAUCAUCAGCGAAGACACACAGGAGAGAAACCUUAUGAAUGUAAUGUAUGUAAAAAGUCUUUCAUCCAGAAGAUAAACCUUACUAAUCAUCAGCGAAGACACACAGGAGAGAAACCUUAUGAAUGUAAUGUGUGUGGAAAGUCUUUCACCCAGAAGAUACACCUUACUAAUCAUCAGCGAAGACACACAGGAGAGAAACCUUAUGAAUGUAAUGUAUGUAAAAAGUCUUUCAUCCAGAAGAUAACCCUUACUAAUCAUCAGCGAAGACACACAGGAGAGAAACCUUAUGAAUGUAAUGUGUGUGGAAAGUCUUUCACCCAGAAGAUACACCUUACUAAUCAUCAGCGAAGACACACAGGAGAAAAACCUUAUGAAUGUAAUGUGUGUGGAAAGUCUUUCCCCCAGAAGAUACGCCUUACUGAACAUCAGCGAAGACACACAGGAGAAAAACCUUAUGAAUGUAAUGUGUGUGGAAAGUCUUUCCCCCAGAAGAUACGCCUUACUGAACAUCAGCGAAGACACACAGGAGAAAAACCUUAUGAAUGUAAUGUGUGUGGAAGGUCUUUCCCCCAGAAGAUACGCCUUACUGAACAUCAGCGAAGACACACAGGAGAGAACCUUUAUGAAUGUAUUGAGUGUAGAAAGUCUUUCAUCAGGAAGUCAUACUUUAACAUCCAUCAGAGAAUACACACAGGAGAGAAACCUUAUGAAUGUAAUGUGUGUGGAAAGUCUUAUACCCAGAAGUCGCAACUUACUGUCCAUCAGAGAUUACACACAGGAGAGAAACCUUAUGAAUGUAAUGUGUGUGGAAAGUCUUUCACCCAGAAGAUACACCUUAAUGUCCAUCAGAGAGUACACACAGGAGAGAAACUUUAUGAAUGCAUUGAGUGUAGAAAGUCUUUCAUCAGGAAGUCAGACCUUAACAUCCAUCAGAGAAUACACACAGGAGAGAGGCCUUAUGAAUGUAACAGGUGCAGAAAGUCCUUUACCAAGAAUUCACACCUCAUCAAGCAUAAGAGAAUUCACACUGAUGAGAAAUCGGGAAUAAAAACACCUGAAUGCAAUGGAUGUGGAAAAAGUUUCGAUUUAAGUAGUAUAGUCACUACACAUCAGAAAAUUCAUACAGAAGAGAGAACUUACGAAUGUGACAAAUGUGGAAUGUCUUUCAGACUGAAGUCAUACCUCACUUUACAUGAGAGAAUACACACAGCAGAGAAAACUUAUGAAUGUAUCGAGUGUGGAAAGUCUUAUACCCAGAAGUCGCAACUUACUGUCCAUCAGAGAUCACACACAGGAGAGAAACCUUAUGCAUGUAAUGUGUGUGGAAAGUCUUUCACCCAGAAGAUACACCUUACUAAUCAUCAGCGAAGACACACAGGAGAGAACCCUUAUGAAUGUAAUGUAUGUAAAAAGUCUUUCACUAGGGAGGGAGAGCUUAAUGUCCAUCAGAGAGUACACACAGGAGAGAAACUUUAUGAAUGUAUUGAGUGUAGAAAGUCUUUCAUCAGGAAGUCAUACUUUAACAUCCAUCAGAGAAUACACACAGGAGAGAAACCUUAUGAAUGUAAUGUGUGUGGAAAGUCUUAUACCCAGAAGUCGCAACUUACUGUCCAUCAGAGAUUACACACAGGAGAGAAACCUUAUGAAUGUAAUGUGUGUGGAAAGUCUUUCACCCAGAAGAUACACCUUAAUGUCCAUCAGAGAGUACACACAGGAGAGAAACUUUAUGAAUGCAUUGAGUGUAGAAAGUCUUUCAUCAGGAAGUCAGACCUUAACAUCCAUCAGAGAAUACACACAGGAGAGAGGCCUUAUGAAUGUAACAGGUGCAGAAAGUCCUUUACCAAGAAUUCACACCUCAUCAAGCAUAAGAGAAUUCACACUGAUGAGAAAUCGGGAAU